CACGGCCCCCCGCAGCCACCCUGCGCCCCUGCGGCCGAGCCGUCGGCGGGCGGCCGCGAGCCGGAGCCGGAUGCGGAGCUGGGGGCCCGCGGGGACGAGCUGGGCCCCGGCGCGCGCCCGUGCGUGUGCCCGCUGUGCGGCAAGCUGUUCCCCGGGGCCCACCUGCUGCAGCUGCACCUGAGCGCCCACUUCCGGGAGCGGGACGGCGGCCGGGCGCGCCUCUCGCCCGACGGCACGGUGCCCACCUGCCCGCUCUGCGGGAAGACCUUCUCGUGCACGUACACGCUGAAGAGGCACGAGCGGACCCACUCGGGCGAGAAGCCCUACACGUGCGCGCAGUGCGGCAAGAGCUUCCAGUACUCGCACAACCUGAGCCGCCACGCGGUGGUGCACACGCGCGAGAAGCCGCACGCCUGCCGCUGGUGCGAGCGCCGCUUCACGCAGUCGGGGGACCUCUACCGCCACGUCCGAAAAUUCCACUGUGGGCUGGUCAAGUCCCUGCUGGUGUGACUUGUGUUCGUGCGGCGCGAGGGGGUGGGGGUGGGCUGGAAAAGGGAGGGGAGGGGCCUCCCGGCUGGGACGCUGGGAUGGAGCUGCGGCGGGGUUGGGGGGAGCCCCGGGGUCAGAGCUCCCAGCGGUGGAAGACCACUGCUGCCCCUGGCGGGGACCUCGGACUGGAGGUGACUCAGGGUGGCUCGGGCAGCCCUCUUCCACGCCCGGCCCCUGCUCCCUUCCUCCGACUCACGUCUGCCCCCAGCCCGUGCCCUGAUCUUAAACACCGUCUUGCUCUCCUUCCCCCUCCA